AUGCCGGAACCAGAUCAUGGCCCUGUAACGCAGGGAGAGGACACCCAUACGAGAUGCUGGGUGUGCGUGCUGAGUUGCCUUCUGCUUGCUUGUUUGUACGUUGGCAGUUUGUACGUGUGGAGAAUCAGCUUACCAAGGGACCAUCCCAGCGUGAUAAAGCGUCGCUGUGCCAGUGUGCUGUUGGUAUCUGCGCUGUCACCUGCAGUGGUGAAGGCAUGGAUGAACUGGGCUGAUGUCAGGGUCGAUGUGUCUGUGUGGGAGUUGAUGGGAGUUCGUUUGGAAGGUCUGGUUCCUGCAGCCACACUGCCACUACUGCUAACCGCGGUAUUCUAUCUUGGCCCCCUGGUUCAUUCUGCGCUGGAUAACCCUAAAGGCUUCACUGGGGAGCUGCAGUGUGCACUAGAUGUUCAGUCAUGGAGGUUGUGUGUGGGAGAUGCAGUGUGGCUCAGGAACCAGGUGGUGGCACCAGCAACAGAGGAGCUGGUGUUCAGGGGGGCCAUGCUGCCCAUGCUGGUGCCCUGCACAGGACCCACAGCUGCCAUCUUCAUGGCUCCGCUCUUCUUCGGUGUUGCUCAUUUCCACCACAUCAUAGAACAACGGCACCUCCACAAACACAGUAUGAGGGUCAUCCUCUUGGUAUCAGGAAUGCAGUUCUUGUACACAACUGUGUUCGGUGCCUUUACUGCCUUUAUAUUCAUGAGAACUGGUCAUGUCAUGGGUCCAGUUUUGUGCCAUUCGUUCUGCAACAGUCAGGGUCUGCCUGACAUCAGCUCUGCCCUGCAACACCCUCAACGAUCAGCUCUGCUCUUCUGUUAUUUGAUGGGGUUGCUGCUGUUUCUUGUGCUGCUCUUCCCACUGACAGACCCCUUUUUCUAUGGUGCCAUUCCUGUCUGCAGUCUGGCUCCCCCGCCACAGUCUGUAUGCCAGAUUAAAUGA